GCGCGCGCGCGGCGCCGAGGACGGCGGCCCUGCCCCUCCCGACCUGGGGCCCGGGGGCCGUCCCGGGCGGGAGCCUCAGGACCCGGCACCCCGAUCCGCACCCCCACGGACUCCAGCCGCGGGGUCCACGUGGACCCUGGGCCGCGGCGGGACGGGAGCCAGUUCCCCGCGCGUGGGGGAGGGGGCGCUGCAAACCGGUUCCCCUUUUUCUGCAGCUCAAAGCCUGGGGAAGUGAUUGCUCAAAGGGGGGGGGGGGGCCGGAAGAACCCAGGUUUCCGCGUCUCCCGCCCCCCGCCCAGCCUGUUGGGGAGGGGCCGAGGCGGGACACCCUGUCCGUCCCCACCCCUGCCCCCUUGGAUCUGGCAGCCACUCACCCUGCGAGGCGCAGGGGAGGCACUGCGCCCCCGGCCCCAGCUGAUCUGGGGCUCCCGGCGCCGGCCUCCCUCCAGAACGCCGCAGGAGUACCUCCUGCCGUCUGACUUGAGUCCCGGCUGCUGCAGUGCACGCCCCUUCGGCAGCCAGGGUGGGGCCCAGAGGGAACCUGGCCUCUCCCGCCCCCACCUCGCCUUUGGGUCGAUGCACAUAGGGCCAGAGGAGGCAGACCAGCCCCCCUCGAUGUCCAGUCAUGACGCGGCCCCCCCGGCUGCCCCCAGCCGCAACCCCUGCUGCUUGUGCUGGUGUUGCUGUUGCGGCUGUUCCUGGAACGAAGAGCGGCGGCGAGCGUGGCGGGCCUCCCGGGAGAACAAGCUGCAGCCCCUCCCCAGCUGCGAGGCGUGCGCCACGCCAAGCCCGGAGGAGGUGCGGAGCUGGGCGCAGUCGUUCGACAAGCUGAUGCACAGCCCGGCGGGCCGAAGCGUGUUCCGGGAGUUCCUGCGCACCGAGUACAGCGAGGAGAACAUGCUCUUCUGGCUGGCCUGCGAGGAGCUCAAGGCCGAGGCCAACCAGCACGUGGUGGAUGAGAAAGCCAGGCUCAUCUAUGAGGACUACGUGUCCAUCCUGUCCCCCAAGGAGGUGAGCCUGGACUCCCGAGUGCGGGAAGGCAUUAACAAGAAGAUGCAGGAGCCUUCGGCGCACACAUUCGACGAUGCGCAGCUGCAGAUCUACACCCUCAUGCACCGGGACUCCUACCCGCGCUUCCUCAGCUCCCCCACCUACCGUGCCCUGCUGUUCCAGGGAAGCUCCCAGUCCUCCAACGAGGCCUAGGCUGCCCACCACAGCGGCACGGACGUGGGACCCCUCUGGUGGGCACAGACUCGGUUACCGGCACCAGUGUGCGUCCGCGGAUGUCCGGCACACCAGCGGGGCCCAGCACCCGAGGGCAGUCCCAGACAGGAGCCCC